UUGCGAUCGGUUAUCGGUUAGAUUCAGAUAUUUAGCUAAACCAAAAAAAAUGGCAGCCGAAGAAGGCAAUACAUCAGAUCCCCAGUUUUUCCACCUCCUUUCCAGUUUACUCCAUCAGGUAGAAGCAUUGACGAAUCAGGAAGAAGUCGAAUUGCGAUCGAAAAUCGAAGCUCUUGGAUUGGAGGUUACAAAAGUUCCUUCCAAGUCUACACACAGCCUUGAUGAGCUGGAAAUCGCGAGAGAGUUGGACAAAUUAUCGGCUAAAUUGGAUGGUGUGGAUGAGAUGAUAUCCUCCGCCAUGGCUGCAGACCCGCAGGUGCAGUCCCUCUUGAGUGGCACCGCCGAUGUAUGGAUGCCGAUCAUUACUGCCAAUGCUGAUGAGCGACACAAUUUGGCUGCAUCGAUCAGUGCCGCUAAUAACCCUCUCGUCGACGACAAACCCGACAACAACAACUGAUCAUUUCACCGGUCAGUCACCAUAUCAUACUAAAUUAUGGUACUAAUUUCUUUCUUUCUGUUUGAUAGAUGUUUGGGGAGGGAGGAUAUGUUACAUGCCUUAUAUAUUCAUUUCAUCAUCUGCCUGGAUUAAUCAUUUUGUGUGUGUCUACGAUCCGAUAUUUAGUAGUUGUAUUUAAGUUUUGACUAUUUCGAACUCGAGUUAGGUCCGAUCAUUUUAGAUCGGAUCUCAAAUGAUGGAAAAUUCUCUCUUUAACUAUUUUCUUAUUUAUAAGA